UGCUCUCGGCGCUCAUGCCGCUCAUCGGGGACCUUUAUUUCGUUACAAAUAUAAAUAUAUAAAUAUAAUUUGUUAAUUAAUGAAAUAAACCCUCAACAUGACGGUGAAACCGCGAGACGUACCGGAAAAUGACGAUGACCCCGUCGAAAACAUGCUGAAGAAAACCGGAUGCCUAGAAUUACAUUAUAAAGUGCAGGAGUGCAUAGCCACCACGAAGGAUUGGAGAAAAUGCCAAACAGAAGUUGAGGAGUUCCGCACUUGUAUCGGCAAGCACAAGCAGGAGGAAAUGGCCAAAGCCAAGAACUAACUCUGAGGUGCAGCAUGGCACCAUAAACAUCAGAUUUCUAUAAAUAAAUAAAUAAAUUUUGGUGACAUCUUACACAGAUUGACCUAGCCCCAAACUAAGCAUAGCU